GAGAGAGAGAGCGCGCAUUAAAGCUGCUCCUGCUUGAUAAGGAUAAGGAAGAGGAAAGGGGCGCUGGACGGCAUGGCAUCGAAAGACACCGUUGCGGGUGCUUUUCUCACCGUGAGCCGGGAAAUGACAGACAGCAUCAGACGAAUUAUCGACAAAACAUCAAUCAAGUUAGUGAGAGCUAUCAAAGUAGAGAACAAGAGUGGCAAGUCAGAAGAUCGGAUUCUGGCUCUGGCAACAUGGCGGCUGUACCUCAUGUCCCCCAAGAUACCAACCAAGGUGGAACAAACCUUCAACUUUCUGGAGAUUCGAGCAAUGAACACCCACCCAGAUAAUCAGGUUGUCAUAGAAACAGACAAGUCCACGUACUCCCUGAGGCUGCAGUCUAAUGACCACCUGGAUCAGCUGAUUGGCCACAUCAACUUUGCUCUCUCUCGGAUCUUUAACAACUCCAUCUACACUCCUUCUAUCUUCCAUGCAGAUGGAGACGUUACCGACGGAAGUCGGAAAUUCUCUCCAAGCUCAGAGAGUUCGUUGGAGACCCAAAGGGCAUGCGGGGGUUUCUCUGAGACCUAUGCAGCUCUGUGUGACUACAAUGGCAUAUCUUGUAAGGAGGAAGUGCAGUGGGAUGUGGACACCAUCUAUCACUCUCAGGACAACAGAGAGUUUAACCUGUUGGACUUCAGUCACCUUGAAAGCGGGGACCUUGCAGUGAUCGUGGCAGCCAUGGCUUAUAACUCAUGGUUCACCAAACUUUAUUGCAAGGACUUGCGCAUUAGUUCAGAGGUCGGGGAGCAGAUUUUGCACACUGUCAGUAAAUCCAGCAGCUUGGAGGAGCUCACGUUGGAAAACGCAGGUCUUAAAGCAGAUUUCCCACAGAAAAUGGCCACUGCCCUGUCAGAAAACCCAGCAUCAGCCAUACACUCCAUUAACCUGGCCCACAAUUCACUGGACAACCAAGGUGUGUCUAAUCUCAUCCAGCAGGUGUGUCGGCUGAGCAAAGGCUUACGUCUGCUUAACCUCUCCAAGACGUCGCUCUCUUCGAAGGGUGUCACAUCUCUUUCUCAGGCCCUGUGCUCCAGUGAUGACUACUCCAACUCGCUGCUUCAUCUGGAUCUGAGCAAGAACCCUGGAAUUCUGUCUGGAGAAGAUGCAACGAAUCUGUACCUGUUCCUGGCACAGCCGAACUGCCUGGUGCAUUUGGAUUUGUCAGGCACUGACUGUACUGUAGACUCGUUAUUUGGAGCUCUGCUGCGGGGAUGCUGUGCUGAUCUCUCAUACUUGAACCUCUCCAAAAACUCCUUCUCUCACAGGAAAGUGAGAGAGACGCUUCCUUCUUUCCGCCAGUUCUUCAGUUCAGCGUUCAGCCUAACUCACAUCAGUCUGGCUUCAAUGAAGAUGCCCCCCGACGUGCUAAGGGCUCUGUUCCUUGGGCUUUCAUCAAAUCCUCACAUCACUGACCUGAACCUGGACAUCAGUGGCUGUGAGCUCAGGUCUGCGGGAGCAGCAAUAAUACAGGAUCUAUUCCCCAGAGUCUCCUGCAUCAGCACACUGGACAUCUCAGACAAUGGGCUGGAUGCUGAUCUUCUGUCUGUCAUUCCUGCCUUCUCCAGACACCCAUCUCUCAAACAUCUGCUCCUGGGCAAGAACUUUAACAUCAAGGGCAGGAUUCUGGACGAGGUUCUGCAGAAACUAGUGCAACUGGUGCAGGAGGAAGAAUGUGCCCUGCAGAGCCUUUCUCUGGUCGACUCCCGGCUGCGAUCGAGGGGCACGGUGCUUGUGAACGCUCUCGGCAGCAACGCCUGCCUGAAGAAGGUGGAUCUGAGCGGGAACGGUCUGGAGGACACAGGAGCGAGGAUGCUCAGCAAAGCCUUACAGAUCAACACCAUGCUCAGAAGCGUGACGUGGGAUCGAAAUAACACAUCUGCCACGGGUUUCCAAGAUGUUGCUCGAGCCCUAGAACAUAACUUCACUUUGCAGUAUAUGCCCAUUCCACUCAGCGAUGUCACGCAGGCGUUCCGCAGCGCUCCUGAAAAGACAGAACAGGCUUUAACUAAGAUCCAGCGGGCUCUCUUGAGGAACAACCAAACGCAACGCUUCUCUCAGAAACAGGCUCUUCGGUUGCAUCAGGGCCUGGUCACCAGUACUGCAGAGCAGGUGAUGGAGCGUCUGUGUGUGCGUGUACAGCAGCAGGUGUGUGUGUUGAGAGGAACAGGUGAAGGGGAGGAGCUACAGGCUGCCAGACAGGUCCUGAAGGAGGCCAGAAAUUCUCGAGCUCUGUAUCCAUCGCUAUGUGAACUGGCUCAUGUGCUGUCAGUGGAUGGACCUGUGAGACAAAAACUGGACUCUCUGGCUGGAGAACUGGCCAAGGCUGCUGAUAAAGAACUUCAGGUAAUCGUGGACUCCAUGGUGUCUUUGUGCCGUGAGCUGUGCCCGCUUUCGUGUGCUGCCGCAGAGUGUCUCUCACCCCCUCUGUCCUCCAUCUCUGAGCGCGUGUCCAUCCCUCGAUCAUCCAUCCGCACCGCACUGAUGGAGAGAGCGGCUCAAGACAUCAACAGAGCUUUGGAGGAAGUAAAGUUGUCCGUGGUGUCCUAUCUCACCAACUCUAUAGUGGACCAGAUCUUACAGGAACUCUAUGCCACACACAAAACCCUGCUCCGGCAGGUUUCGCAGAUGCGGCGGCUGGAAGACGGCGGGACGGCCAGACGCGCUCACAGACACAUGGACAUACUGGAUGUGGUGGAGGACGACUUUGGCAUCAGCAUAGACACAAUCGCCAUUAAGAAACGCAGCUCCAGGACCAGACGCAUCCGUCCCGUGUCCAACAGACUCAGUCUAGGUGAGGACCCUAACUCCUCACCUUUAGUGUCCACGCCUCAGACAUCCGCCCCCAUCUCACGCUCGGCAUCAUGGGAAGGUCUGUCCACACUGCCUACCCAGGGCUUACCUCUGCGUCAUGUGACCCACGUCAGACCCCGCCCACCACGGAAACACAGGACAGCACAUACAUCUUUUGAGGCACAAUGCUCCGAGAAUGGAGGAGUAUCUCUAUUGGAGGAUGGACUGCCUGAUUUCUACACCAAGAGAGUUUUAGCAGACAGUCAGCUGUCCUCUCACCAUCACGCUCAGGCUCUGAGAAGAAAGAAGAGACGCAGCGUGCUGUCCAUAUUUUCAGGAUUCAGGAAGAACCGAAAUUCUACCUUAUCCUAUCAAGAGCCAGACCCUGCAGGAAGGGGCGGGGCCUGCGGGGAUGAAUGUCGCACUAAUAUUGCAACUGAGAAUGUGUACUCCCUGAUUCAGCACCCUAAGGAUCGUGGGAGAUUAGACCCUGAGGGCACCAAUGGGAGGCUGGGGCAGAGCGUCCAGAGGACCCCUCAGCUGUCAGGACGGUCCAUACAGGGCAUACCCCUGCCUGGAAUGACGGGAAUGAGUCCUUCCUGCUUUUCACAGAGACAGUCGCCUGAUUACAGCGAGGUGUUUGGCUCUUCUGAAGAGUUCGGCUACCCAGAACAUGAACUGGACCGACAUUCAGAUAUUGUGGUUAAAGGCCACACACCUUCAACAGACAGACAGACUGAAUCAAGGAGACAGGAGUCACAAUCAGACAGCCAGAGAAAAUCAGAGAAUGUAACCGACCCUCAGCUGGUGGAAACUAGAAAGAGACCCGAGCCGCGGCCACAGAGCUCUAAACCGAGCCUGGCUAAAACACGACAGCGACAUCUGGAGGAGAGUUAUGAUAAUUCCACUGACGAUUCUGGAGAGCUCAGAGAGAGAGAUGAGGAAAACAAGGAGCGAAGAUGUGUGGACCAGAAAGACCAAAAACCACAGGGACAAACCUCACCCAUUCCUGAAAAGCCAUGUUAUUAUUCACCCCACACGUCUCCCAUUGGCUCCCCACCACAUGACGUGGCCAAUGAGAACAAGGCACCACCUGCUCCAUCCAUAUCUGCUAAGCCUGUGCUUCAUUCUGCUUCUAUAGAUUCUGCUGUACUUCAAGGUGAGGAAUUCAAGAGCAGCCUUGCAGGUCCCACGAAGCCACACCGAAACAGGAAAGCAAACUCAUGUGACACAGGUAUGGAACGGGAUAUCCGCUGUGAUCUGGAAAGAUCUUCAGAUCGCAAACCCCCCGUGAAAAAACCCAGACUCCCUCCAAAGCGAAAUAAAUCUUUGGAUUUCCCCGGUCAUCAGAGUUCAGAGCCAAGCAACACCGAAGCAUCAUGACAACCAUUGGAGCCAAAGCUGUGUGAAGACAGAGAGUCAUUGUGAUGCUGAGAGGCAGACAGAAAGAUGUGAUCAACAUUAUAACCUGCACCUCAAUGAAAAUUCAUAGACUCUUCCUUUCAGCUGUCAAUCGAUUUCAUAUUGUCAUUUCACAUACACACACAAACACACACACACAUAUUCAACAUGUUCUUGCUUAAGUGACCUGUUUUGCUUUCUUGCUUUAUUUUAUCCAUUCUUACUUAACCAUUGUUAACAUUCUGCACUUAACUGUCAUUCCUUUUUUCCUUUAUUUCACUCUCUCUCUGAGUCUGCUGACAAUCCUUGACAUUAAAGAACUUUUGCUAUUUAUCUUCAAAUUAUUAGAAUGAUAUUUUGUAAAGUAUAAUAUAUAAACAGAACAAGUAUUUGCACUAAUCAGCGCUUGAAUUCCAUUCGGUGGAAGUUAUUUCCCCUCACGUUCAGCAUUAACGUGCAAAGUUUUGCAGUGUAUGACUAACCUAUUCUUAUUGUUUUCAUUAGCAGUAUUACUGUUGUCUUAAUCUGCAUUGUUUAUGCAACUGGAUAAAUGUUUAAAAGUUAGCUGGCCCUAAAUGAGCUUUAUUUUCUACUAAAUGUGAUUGAUUGAAUUAAUAAAAACAGAAUAUUA